AUGUCGAGCGACUACGGUCCUGCCUCGCCGACCUCCAGCCCCGUCCCCCCCCCCCGAUCUAGCGCCCGCCCGUCUUACCAGCACCCUCUCCUGCAGACGGCUACCCACGUCUUUGUCAGACACGACGGGGUGCGCAAGCCCCUCCAGGCCCCGUACGACGGACCCUUUCUGGUCGUGUCCCGUGGCCCCAAGCACUUCACAGUCCAAAUAGCCAACCGCACGGAAACGGUCUCGCUCGACCGACUCAAACCGGCUUUCCUGGACGACGAAGUCGACGCGCCCCGGCUUCUACCACAGACUGUUGAUUCCCCAAUCCUCCCCAGUACUUCCCCCGCCACACCCCUCAACGACGUGUCCGCUGGGCCUCUCCGCUCCUUCAUCUCAUCAACCGCUACGCUGAGGGGGGAGCCAUGUAGCAGCCCCAGCGGUGCUAUCGUCAUCCUGGUUCAACAUCUCGCGCCCGCGUAG